UCUCGUUUUUCUCUCUCCUUCACUGGAAAUCCUUCCUUCUUCCCAAUCUAUCGACUGUCGGACACAUCCAAUUGCUUGGAACCUAUCGGAGAUUUCGUCGUGAAAUCCAAUCACCAUGUCUACUGAUAAGAUUACUUUCCUCACCAACUGGCAUGCCACCCCGUACCAUGCCCCUCUGUAUCUGGCUCAGGCCAAGGGCUACUUCAAGGAGGAGGGCGUCAAGGUUGCCCUUCUCGAGCCCAAUGACCCCUCCGAUGUGACCGAAAUCAUCGGUAGCGGCCAUGCCGAUAUGGGCUUCAAGGCUAUGAUCCACACCCUGGCUGCCAAAGCUCGUGGCUACCCGGUCCAGUCUAUCGCCUCCCUGCUCGAUGAGCCUUUUACCGGUGUUAUCUACCUGAAGUCUAGUGGUAUCACCACUGACUUCCGCUCCCUGAAGGGCAAGCGUAUUGGCUACGUCGGAGAGUUUGGAAAGAUUCAAAUCGAUGAGCUGACUAGCCACUACGGCAUGACUCCCGAUGACUACACGGCCGUCCGCUGCGGUAUGAACGUCGCGAAGGCAAUCAUCCGCGGUGACAUCGACGCUGGUAUUGGUCUCGAGAAUGUCCAGAUGGUCGAGAUUGAGGAGUGGCUUGCCUCUCAGAACCGCCCCCGUACGGACGUUCAGAUGCUCCGUAUCGAUGAGCUCGCCGAAUUGGGCUGUUGCUGCUUCUGCACCAUUCUGUACAUCGCCAAUGAGAAGUUCCUGGCUGCCAACCAGGAGAAGGUCAAGAAGUUCUUGCGCGCUGUCAAACGCGCCACGGACUAUGUCCUGGAUAACCCGGAGAAGGCCUGGGAGGAGUACAUUGACUUCAAGCCCGUCAUGAACACUCCUGUCAACCGCAAGAUCUACUCCCGGUCAUACGCUUACCUCAGCCGUGACCUCAAGAACGUCCGCCGCGACUGGGAGAAGGUCACCCGCUACGGAAAGCGGUUGGGUGUCCUUGAUCCCAGCUUUGUUCCCAACUACACCAACGAACUCCUCACCUGGAAGCUUGACGAAGAGUCGACUGAUCCUACGGGUGACCAGAAGCGCAUGGCUGAGCUGCAGAAGAAGGUUGCUGCAGAGGGUGGUUUCAUGCGUAUCAAGGUCAAGUGCGCUUGUGCUUCAGCUUAAGUUGAAAGUCUCAAUCCAUAUGCCGUGCUUACAAGGGCGAUUAUGUUGGGAUAUAUGAGCAGGUUGACGUGGUUGACGUCGAGUUGCGUCUUUCAUUAAAUUUCCAACCUAUACUUCAGAAGAAAUGACAUGAAUCAAAUUGAGAUG